AUCGAUUUGCAUGUUUCUCUGAAACGGAAUCGUCUAUAUGACCUGCACUUCACUCUGGUGGAGUUGUCUUCCUUCUGUUCUGUCUAUGUGAUCUGUGCUGACUUCUGCACUUUCUUGGAGAGGUGUAUUUCAGGAUCAAGAAUCAUGCAUUACUUCCUGCUGGGAUCUUUAGUCAUGGCGCUGAUUUACCUUUCAGCUGAAGGAAAUAUCCAUGUGUUCCAGUACCCACGAUUUAUUGCCGUUAAGACAGGUCGGAGUGUGUGGAUAAACUGUUUCCUGUCAAAUAAAUCUUUGCCGACUCAUGUAGAGUGGUUCAAAGGCCAGAAUUACAAAGACCAGCUCAAGAGCAGCCACAGAAUAAAGAUAAUGGAGAAGAGUGAUAAUAGAAGCGCCUUCAUUACCAUUUUGGAAACGGAGACCGAGGACAGCGGCACUUACUUUUGCAAGCUGAAUGGCAUGCCUGGACCGGGAACUGAGCUACUAGUGUACAGACACCUCAAACCCCCGAACUUGAUGAUAACGAGAGUCAAGGAUUUUGUCAUUUUCCUUCAGGCUUUACUCUUGAUUUUGUGCAUCGUCGUUCCUCUGGUUCAGUUUUACAGAAUGGAGAAGAAAGAAGAUGCAGUUUAUGAAGAGCCUGAGGAUAAUCACAUAUAUGAGGGGUUGGCGGUUGAGCAGUGUGGCGGUGCGGAUCUGUAUGAGGACAUCUCUGUUUUUGCCCAGGUCCCAGAUGCACCGUGGGAAAUCGAGUACGGAAACCAAGAGUGAGAAAAACCCAUCCAUCAGAUUAUUGAUCUGCAGAUAUCAACACCAGACACAAAUGACAUCCAAUCCACUCUCAGUUUGUGCUGGAUAAGUCCCGUGUAGGCAGACUGACGUCACUGUGUGCGAAUUCAGUAAAUGCUUAUAAAACCAACUUUUUUAUUUGGAAAGCACGAAAUUAUUAUGAUGUUCAUAGGCUUGAAGUUUCUUUUGAGGAUGUGACAUAUACAACAAUAACAAUCAUUUAUAAACAUUGUAAUACGUUCAAAUUAUGUUUUGUUGUUGAUGUUGUUUGCUUGUUUGUUGUCUGCAUUACUUUUUUUUAGAGUUUAUAUUCAUUUUACUGUACUGUGUAUUAUGUGGUAGUUUGUUGUAUGAAUGCACUGGCCCUGCUAGUCAUUCAUAACAAGGUGCUCUCUAUUCAGUUAUAAAAAUACUAGUGGUAAGGAACUGUUUAAAGCUCAAGGGAGCUUUCACUUCAUAUCUGUUCAAAUAAGCAUGUGAAUAGCAGGUGUUUUCCACAAAGCAGCUUUUUUUGGUAAAUGUUUGCUAUAUUUUCUUUGCAUUUGUUCUGAUUGUAUGCCACAAGUUUUUGAAAGAGCAUCUGCAAAGAACAUCUGACCAUCUGUACAAGGAUUUAACAUUGUCACUGUUGCAAAUUUGCUAUUUGAUUAGUAAAAUACAGAAUCCUAAAAUGUAUUUUUUUAUUUUUUUAUGUCAUAAUGUUUGUCUUCAAAUUUUCUAUACUCAGUUAUAAAAGUUAUACAACUUU